AUGAUGACGAGUAUGGAAGGGAUGGUGGAGAAAGGAGUAUUGGAUGAUAUCAUAAGGAGAUUGUUGGAAGGUAAAGGAGGAAAACAGGUUCAGCUUUCCGAGAGCGAGAUUCGUCAACUCUGCUUCAACGCUCGUCAAAUCUUCCUUUCUCAGCCCAUCCUCGUCGAGCUCCAUGCCCCAAUUCGCAUCUGCGGUGAUAUCCAUGGCCAAUAUCAAGAUCUUCUGAGGUUAUUCGAAUACGGAGGCUAUCCUCCUUCAGCUAAUUAUCUCUUCCUCGGCGAUUACGUUGACAGAGGCAAGCAAAGUCUCGAGACCAUAUGUUUGCUUCUUGCUUACAAGAUUCGCUACCCAACAAAGAUAUAUCUCUUGAGAGGGAACCACGAGGACGCUAAGAUCAACAGGAUUUACGGAUUCUACGACGAGUGCAAACGGAGAUUCAAUGUACGACUUUGGAAGAUAUUUACUGAUUGUUUCAACUGUUUGCCCGUAGCUGCACUCAUUGACGACAAGAUCCUAUGUAUGCACGGUGGCUUGUCGCCGGAAUUGGACAAUUUGGGUCAGAUUCGAGAGAUUCAAAGGCCUACUGAGAUUCCAGAUAAUGGUCUUCUUUGUGAUUUGCUUUGGUCAGAUCCUGAUCAGAAGAUUGAAGGCUGGGCUGAUAGUGAUCGAGGUAUUUCCUGCACUUUUGGAGCUGAUAAAGUCGCCGAGUUCCUUGAUAAGAAUGAUCUUGACCUCAUUUGCCGAGGCCAUCAGGUAGUUGAAGAUGGGUACGAGUUUUUCGCAAAACGGAGGUUAGUCACGAUUUUCUCAGCUCCAAACUAUGGUGGGGAGUUUGACAACGCUGGUGCAUUAUUGAGCGUGGACGAGACUCUUGUUUGCUCAUUCGAGAUCAUGAAACCUGCCCCAGCUUCAAGCAGCGGUCAUCCUCUCAAGAAGGUACCAAAAAUGGGGAAGUCUUGA